AAACAAAACAACAAAAAAUGACCGAAUCACAGCAAUUAUCAAAUAUUGUAACUAUUAAAUGCAAGCAGCAAGUUGUCCGUGCGGUACGCUUCAAUAUCGACGGCUCCUAUUGCCUAACAUGUGGCGCUGACAAGAAAAUUAAGCUCUGGAAUCCUCACAAUCAAUUACUACUAAAAACCUAUGGUGGACACGCAAACGAAGUGUUAGACGCAGCCGGAUCAUGUGAUAGCAGUCAUAUUAUAUCGUGUAGUAGUGAUAAAUCUGUGAUAUUAUGGGAUGUGACAACGGGACAACCUGUACGACGGUAUAGAGGACACGCUAGUUCUGUAACCUGUGUAAAAUUUAACGAGGAAUCGACGAUGGCGGUGUCUGGAUCUGUAGACAAUACUGUAUCUUUCUGGGACGUCGUCAGUCGAAGGCAGGAACCCGUACAGAUACUAAAAGAUGCAAAAGACACUAUAACCUCCAUACAGGUUACCGACCACGAAGUUUUAACAUCGUCUGUAGAUUGUCACAUGCGUUUGUAUGAUAUGCGUGUAGGUAAAAUGUUCUCAGACUAUAUUGGGCAUAUUAUUACAUAUGCAAGUAUGACACACGAUGGUCAGUGCUACGUUUUAAGCUGUGCAGACAAUACAAUAAAACUAUUUGAUAAAGAUUCUGGCGAAUUAUUAAAUACGUUUUCAGGUCACGAAUGUAAAGACUUUUUGCUUGAAAAUUCCGUGAAUGAGAAAGAUAGUAAUAUUAUCUCUGGUUCGGCAACUGGGGAGAUAUUUUAUUGGGAUUUGGUUUCUAGUCGUUGUACUCAAAAGUUGGUGCAUAGUAAAAAACCUGUGGUCUCCUUGAGUCACCAUCCAACUGAUAAUUAUUUGUUAACGGCGAGUGAAGAUGAGGUUGUCUUGUGGGGUGUUCCAAAGAUGGAAGAAUAAAUAGACUAUAAUUGUA